AUGGCCGCUUCCGCCAUCCUCAUCAUUCUCAUCACUAUCUUCUUCCCUCCCGUUGGGGUUUGGGCAGUUGCAGGAUGCGGUGCUGAUCUUUUCAUCAACAUCUGCCUGACUCUGCUAGGUUAUAUCCCCGGUCACAUCCAUGCCUUCUACCUCGAAUACAUAUACUACGACCGACGGGAGCAAGCAAGGGAAGGCCGCUUUGCUGCACGAAGAGCCCCUGGGGUUUACAGUGACCGGGUACAAAGCGGUGGCCACGGCUACGGUACGAUUGUUCAGCCUACCGCAUAA